AUGACGGCGGAUGCGAGGCGUGGUCAGCUUCAAAAUGUCCCAGGCCGUCUCACCGCCCCAGCAGUCAUAGUCAUGCCUUCCACCACUCGAGGGCGAGAUCAUGCCAACUCGUUCGUCAGGCGCUACCGGACCGAGAUAGCGGCCAGCUCCUCCAGCGUCUUUUCCACCAUGGUCGCCUUUCCCCUGGACAGCGUCAAGACUCGCAUGCAGACAUAUCAGUACAACGGAUUCGCCGACUGCGUCAAGCAUACGUACCGCACCGAAAACCUGGCUGGCUUUUUCCGAGGCGUCAUGGCCCCGAUGGCCAGCAUCACCCUGGUUCGAACCAUGUCAUUUUCCAUCUAUCAACGAGCAAAGUACGCCUACGCCGGAUGGGUCAAGAAGACCAUGGGAUACGACAUCCUCCGCCACGUCAGCAGGGCCGGCACGUAUCCCAACCUGUACUCGAUUGCUUGCUUCGGCGCCGCCGGGGCCACGGCGGGAUCCAUCAUUCCCAUCAUUGCCUGCCCCUUUGAACUCACAAAGCUGAGCGCACAAGUGUCUGUGCUGCUGGCCGAACGGGCAGGCAGCAGCACCAAGAGCAAGGCUGUAGCAUCGAGCUACCAAAACAAGGGCACGCUGAGGACCAUGGCCAACAUUAUAAAACACCGGGGGGUGCUGGGGCUAUACACGGGCUUCUGGUUACACUUGCUGCGCGAUACCCUGGGUACGGGGAUAUACUUCAUGGUGUACGAGAGCGGCAAGCAACUCGGCACCACCAUGGCAGGCGACAAUCCCAACAACAACAAGCUGGCGGUGGUGACAGCCGGCGGCAUGUGCGGGCUCGUGUCCUGGGCACUCAUCUAUCCCAUCGACUCGGCCAAGAGCAUAUACCAGCGCAACUCGCUCCUCCACUCCCGAGGCGAGAAAGUAGAGCCCGCGCCCAAGAUAGAAUUCUUCAAGCGCCAGAUGUACCGCGGCCUAGGCGUCUCCAUGAGCCGGUCCUGCGUCGUCAACGCCUUUUUCUUUUCCUCGUUUGAGUUCAUCAAGAAGCGCAUCAAGACGCUGGACGACGAAGCGAACCGCGCCAAGCCAAGGACAAUGUAA